CAUUACCCUUAGGCCGCUGAGAUAGAGUCUCUUCACAUUCGUUUGGCUUGGUCUACUUUGCUUCAUUCAAGUCAUUCAAGAAAAUGCAAAAAGCAAUUAAUUGCUGCUGACCAACAAGUCCGAGUCAAGCUUGGAAGUCAAGGUUGGCACAAGUGCUGAUGUCAACAGUAAUUUAACAUCACCCUGCGAUGCGAACCUACUACUAUAAAUGAAUGAGCAGUUUAGGUUGCACAACACCCCAUAUCCAACAAUUUAAAAAGAUAUUAUCAUAUUAGAGAGAGAGAGAGAGAGAGUUGAUGAAAAUGGCGAAGUUAAUGUUUUUGUUAUUGGUUUGUGUCAUGAGUUUGAACGCAGCAAGUGCCCAAAGUGCAAGCAACGUUAGAGCCACGUACCACAUCUACAACCCAGAGAAGAUUAACUGGGACUUGAACGCAGCUAGUGCUUACUGCUCCACUUGGGAUGCUAACAAGCCUUUGGAAUGGCGUCGCAAGUUUGGAUGGACUGCGUUUUGCGGACCUGUUGGGCCUCGUGGACAAGCUUCUUGUGGCAAGUGCUUAACGGUUACAAAUGUGAGGACAGGGACACAGGCGAAGGUGAGAAUUGUGGAUCAGUGCGGCAAUGGAGGCCUGGAUUUGGACCAGGGUGUGUUUAAACGACUGGACACUGAUGGGCAAGGCUAUGCCCAAGGCCACCUUAGGGUCAACUACCAGUUUGUCAACUGUGGCGAUUAAAUCUCAUGUAAUAGUAAUCCUAAUUUUAAGAAAUAAAACCCUAGGCUAUAUAUAUAUAUAUAUAUAUAUAUAUAUAUAGGUAGGGAAACUGCUCAUACGGUAACAUUUGUUAUCGGUUCUCCAUCAUGCAUGCAUGGUGUACUUAUUUAUGAAAUAAGAAAUUGUCUAUCUUGUUUGUUUGUU